AUGGACGUGAAUGAUCCCAGGCUCAUCAUAACACUGGAGGCGUACGGUACAACGGCCGAAAGAGCGUGGAAUAGACCGCAGAAUCAAGAUCGAUGCCUGCCUGCGUCUGAGUCUAUAGCGGAUAUUUCAAGUCGAGAAAGUACCCCCGCUGUAGACCAACCUAGGUCUCAAAUACAACUGACCUUUGACGACAAGCCGAAGAACCUCGAGAAAGGCUUUGUGUUCGGAAGUGAUCCACGAAUCUGCGAUGUCUUCCUGGGCGAGCGAGGUGCCGGCUUCAGCGGUCAACAAUUCUGCAUCACAUUCAACGAGCGAGGAGAGGUUAUAUUCAAGAAUACAUCUCGAAAAGAAGCACAAGUUGAUUACAAUGGCGAGAACCCUUCUCGUCGAACCCAAUUCACCUGGAUCCUCUUCGACACAUACAAGAAUAUCGAAAUCACGGUCGGUGAUAAAAAUGAUCUGAUCUUCAAGGUCAAGUGGCCAGAAAACCGCGAUUCUCGUCGGGCCGAGUAUGAGGCACAUCGUGACGCCUACUUUGAAGAGCGCCGAAACGCGCUCCCCCCACUCAGCCAGCUAGGCAUGGAAAGCCAGCAAACGACCGCGAUGCCCACUGCACAACAUUCUCCUGGACAAGAGUCUCCCAGACCAAAGCCUCCCGGACAACAGCCUAUCUAUCUGUUGGAAGAAGAGCUCGGACGCGGUGGCUUUAGCACGGUCUACAAGGCCGUCGAUGUAAGCACGGGCGACGUGAAUGCUGCCAAAAAGUUUCAUCACGGUAGUUGGAAGAAAGAGGUUGACACCUUGAUGAGUCUUUCACACGAGCAUAUUGUGAAAUUCGUGAAGUUCUCGGAGGAGCAGAAACCUCUGCUGGUGAUGGAAUAUCUGCCUCUUGGAAGCUUAGCCUGCCAAGAUUUCAUCACCGAAGAAGAGAACCUCCAAAUUCUUUGUCAAGGACUCCAGGCUCUCGAGUACCUGCAUUCUCAUUCUCCGCCUCUAGCGCAUCGGGACAUCAAGCCGGCAAACAUCCUCCUUCGGUCCCGAAUACCCUUCGUCAUCAAGCUCGUCGACUUUGGAUUGGCCAAGAACGAUUCCACCUUGAAAACCUUCUGCGGAUCAGAUGAAUACGCCGCUCCCGAGAUCUGGGGACGUCAUCAUUACACUGCUAUGGUUGACAUAUGGUCACUAGGAGUGGUCGUAUUACAAUACGGAUACGGUCUCCCUUGGGCAAGUCAAGAGCCCAAGGGCGAGCCGUGGUGUCGAGAUAUAGUCCGAAAAGCCAAGGAUAUGGAAGGGGAAGGGGACGCUUUGAUAGAUCUCAUCUCAACCAAGAUGCUGAGGAUGGAUUAUCGACACCGGCGAUCAGCAAGUGAUUGCUUAGAGGAAGUAUAUCGUCUAGGAUUUCACGAAAUCCCAACUAUCGACACUAGACGUACAACGCCUACAGGGAAGACAGCCGGUCAAGACGACGUCACGAGGAUCACAUCCGUCAUAACGCAACCCCUUCAAAAUGCAGGAUUCUACGACAUAGGAGGCGCAUCGGAAACGACUGAAGUUGCUCCCUCGAAGCGUGAUCGUCGAGAAGGAACUCACUUUUACAAUCGUGCAUCUCUGCCAUCACUUGACCGGCACCCUCAGGGACCUACACAGAUCUGGAAUCCUAAAACUGAAAACAGUCCCACGUCAACGCUAAGUAAGCGGUGGCGGUGGCGGCCACAGACGACCCAAUCUCCCACGGCUGACACUUCGGGAAGAGGACGAUCAAAACGGUCACGAGCUUUAGUCUCGUGCGAAGCCGGUGAAGAUCUUUCGAAGCCGUCAAAGCGUAAGGGACACAACUCAGCAGCACAGCUUCGUCAGAUACCGCAGCUGGACCCCGGCAAGGAACCAUUAGCAGAAGACGUUGCGAGCUUCACUCAAGCUGUGGAGCCUAUUCCGAGAGUGCCCCCAGCGGAAGGGAGUCCAAGGGAGGUCGAGACGCCUUCGUCAAAGCGCAAUGUUCACGACAAUGUGGGGGCAAUACUGGCAGAGAACCUGGACGGAGGAAACCUGGACGGCGAGAAUGAGGGUAAAGCUAAAGUGACGGAUUUUGACGGGAGAUAUAUACAGAUAAAGAUUGAUGACAAAAUUCUGAUGGAACAAAGUAUCAAGGUCGAGGUCCUUCCACCUAUAGCAGGUAUUGCUUCUUCAUGCUCUUGGGUUAACUUCGAACACGGACAAAUACUCUGCAAGCAUUUCGGACUGGAGCAGGAGCUGCAGCCAUUAAUAGAUCACGGACUUAAGCUCCAGCGUGAUAACUACAGCAAGCCUGUGGAGUAUGUCAACAACUAUCCCGCCAAGCAGCUUUUUCCAUUUUUCGUAACUAACGUGCUUCCUCAACCUGUCACGGUGCGAAGGUCAGACUUUCGAAUUAGAGUUCAUGAUAUUUGUCGAGUAUCCAGUCAGCCAAACACCGAACUAUCCAAGAUCAAGCGAGAGUUUAGGCGGAGCUUCGACACAGUUUUUGACUUCAACUACAGAGGUAUAUAUGUGGACUUCUGGGUUGGGGUAGAGUUGUGUCGGAGGUACGGUCUGACUAAGUUGGAGGAGGAGCUACGUACUUGGAAGGGUGUCCCGCAAGAGCCAGUAAAGGAGCCAGAACUUUCAGAGCCAGAACUUUCAGAGCCAGAACUUUCAGAGCCAGUAAAAGAGCCAGCAAAAGAGCCAGUAAAAAAGCCAACAAAAGAGCCAGUAAAAGAGCCAGAGCUUUCAGAAUUCAUUGAAAUCACGGGUUUUCCUAGCCCUGUUAUGGUUCGAAGGUCAGACUUUAGAAUCAACGCCUCCCACAUUGCCAAACUCACUGGCCGUUCAAGACAUACAGUGAGGGAUCUCAGAAAGUGGUUAGGUUCUGAGAAGUACAAGAUCUUGCGGGGAAGUAAGAAGCAUCAGGGUACGUAUGUGAAUUUCGAGAUUGGAAUAGGGCUGUGUCGAGACCAUGGACUAUCCGAGCUAGAGAAGCGACUCUAUAGCUUAAAGCGUACUUCGAAAGGGCCGGUAUUAGAAGCAGAGCCCGGUCAUGUAGAAACCCGGCUCCCGCAAUCGGACACAGUCUCGGCGCGAAAUGAGAGCACCCAGUCUAGGAGUAUCUGGAACCGAGAUCAACCCCCGACAUUACCAGCAGGGUGUAUUUCCGAUGGGCCAAUCGAAGCGGAGGACGCAGAUGAGAUGGUUUCAGGCUCAGACGUAGCAGGUUCUGGGGAUAGCGUCACAUCUCGCGAAUCUUGUUCGAUACAACGAAACCCUCAACCGGUGCCAUCAAUCCGUUGUGCAAAGGACGCUGCAUCGUCGCGCCAGUCAGGACGUGACAUUAAGCGGUCUCUUCUUCAGCUUGCAGACCCUCGUUCACCUUCCGCCAAAAGUGUACAAUACGAGGUUUGGGAUUCUCGGCCUCAGCUCUCGGAAUUGACAGAAGUAGAACCUCAGUUGAGGCCAUCCAGUUGGAAAACGGCCUCGCACUAUGGCAGCUUGGCUGAUCUAUUCCCAUCAAUAUGA